GGCAGACCGCCGCAUGCGGUAAUUGGAACGACGUUACCAUGCCUGCCACCUCUCUGCCCACUCUCCUCGCAUCUUUCGCUCAUUCCACCAGGCUAAGCGCUCUCCUUCAAUGAGGCCCCGUGUCGACAGCAUGCAAGGCUGCAUCCGUGUGUUGCGCCCUGGCUCCAGCUAAUCCACCCAGCCCCACCCCACACGGCACAGCCAACCCGCCAGCCAGCCAGCCAUUGAUCGACUCCUCCACCAUCCACCACCGCACGAGCGCGCGGGCCAAGCUGCGCCAAUGGAGGAAACGCAGUACGACCGAAAUGUCGACCACCUCGUCUCUCCCAUCACCCCCGAUGCCUCUUCGCCCUCCCGCCCAAAUUCCUCCGGCGUCGAUGCUGCAUUCCCCGCCAUGUCGAGGAAGAUGAGCUACGAGUCGGACCACAACUCCACCGUCUCCGGCAUUACUCACCACUUCCCCAGCAAAGCCGUCAAGGUCGAGCCCGCGCCCGCCUACGUCGGCCCCGCCGGCGCGGCGCAAGUCGUCAGCGAGCACCUGGCGUCGAGGAAGCGGCCGUCGAGCGAUUCGGAAGAUGAAGACGAUGCCGACCGCCAAGAUGUUCACUUCUCCGAGCCCGCCCUGGCCCUCAUCAACGCAUUCCUCGACCAUCUGUUACACAGCUUCCUCUCCCUUGCCCGCUCCACGAGCAUGCUCGCCCUUCGGCCCGCGGUAACAGAAGUGUUGAAGCAACGCUUGGCUCGAGCGGCCAUAAGCAGCGCCGAUGCCGAGCUCGCUGAGCUAUUGUCCGGCGGCGAAGAGGAGGAAGAGUUAGAUGGGAAACACCAGGUGCAGGAAGCGCGGCGGAAAUGGGAUCUUCAGCUGGUGUGGAAGCGGACUCGCCUGCGAGUCAUGGUGUAUAUACACUUGGGGGACAUGGAGGACGAGGACGAGCAGCGGUGGGUGGAGAGAGAUGUACUCUUCACCGACACCGAGCGCCGCUUUUCCACGGACAGUGGCCUCGUGUCGUGGUCCGCUGCCAUCUUCUUGACGUCUGUGAUUGAGUAUGUUGCAGAACAGGCGCUUCAGGUCGCUGGACAGGCGGCAUUCGCCCGCGUGGACCGACAGAGCCGCAGCCGCCGUUCUACCUCGACCGUUGGAGCGGCAGAGGAGAGCGUCAUGGUAGAGGAAUACGACGUCGAGAAGAUCGCGCUCAACGCCUCCCUCGGUCGUCUGUGGCGCACGUGGAGGAAGGCGUUGCGCAACAGCGCUCCUGCGCAGAACACAUCUUCGCCAUCGCCGGUAUCGAAACGGCGGGACAACAUGAGCUCGGCGUGGAGCAACCAUAGCAACGGCUUCGAUUCGCGGCCAGCAUCACGAGCCCGCCCCGAAGACACCAUACCCGACGUCUUCUAUACCGAGCACAUCCUUGCGGCCAAUAUCCCGCUUCCCAUGACUGGCGGAUCCGCACGAGACUUGGAUGAGAUCGCUGCCGUGGGCCUGGCGAAAGAUCCAGACGACCGAGAAGGCGAAGGUGAUGGCAUUGAGCAAGCACACGGCCCCUAUCCCGAGCACGUGCUCGCUUCCCUCAUCCCCCUGCCCAUGGCUUCGCAGCAAAAGGAUGUGGAUGAAAUUGUCGUCCCAGGCCUGGCGAGAGAUCCCGAGGCCGAGCAAGACGCCGAGUCUCCCGCCAGUGAGGGUUAUCCGGCGCUGGCGCUGGCUGUCCUGGUCGCGCUUCCCAUGGCUGAUGCCGUCCGUGACGUGGAUGAGAUUGAAGUGCCAGGAUUGGCGACAGACCCGGAUACACCGAAUGGCAAGCAUACCUCAACCCCACGCAACCGUCGGCGAAGUUUCCACGAAUAUCUGCCGUCCUCUGCUGCAGCCGGCCCCGCAAACGCAGGAGCUGCCAACUCCAAAGAUCCCGAACUUACAGCGCCCACUUCUACCGUUUCUCGUACACGAUCAAUGUCUCAUCCACCCCCUACCCCCCCAUCAAUGUGGACAGAAGAUGAUCCCGCAGACUCGACUGCACUCGAAACAGCGCAUGCGGAUGACAAACUUCCAGAGGAUGCGACUGCAGCCGAAGCAACGCAGGUCCAGCAGCCAGAGCCAGAACCAACGGCCAACGAGACUGAGAAUGACGUGUCGCGUGACGGACAAGCCCCAGUCGCAACACAGGGAAAGCCCGAGGGCAUAUCUUCCGCGCUCGCGACAGGCUCGGCGGUGGCUGCGGUUGGCCUUUUGGCGGGCGCUGGUGCUGCAGUCGGCGUUGUAGCGGGUGCUGGUACUGCCGCCGGCAUGGCACUUGCCAGCAAAUCUACAGACCAGACAUCCAAGCCGUCGACGGAAAAGGAGGUUGCCAGCGUUCUCGAACCCUCGCAGCAUGCGUCACCCUAUCAAGACGGUGCCGCGAUCGAUAGCCAGAAAAGCUUGGUCGACAUCAAGUCAAAGACUGCCGUCAACGGAGGUUCGGGAGAUGCAUCACUGCAGGUGCCGUCCGGCCUGGCCGCCUCCGCAGCCCCAGCAUUCAAGCGGUCGACUUCAGAGGGUACUUCGUACAGCCUCGGCAACGAAGAAAAACAGGCCAUCACACCUUCCCCGCGAGCGUCACCAGGCCCUGCGCCGCGCACAUUCUUGAACCUCCUUCCCGAUGAGGACGACGCGCCCGACCAUCCAGAAGCGAUGGACGGUCCCGCUCAGCGAACGCCGACAAAUCAUGUUGUACCACAGCAACCCUCGAACAAGAAACCCACCCUCACUCCUGUAAUCACAUCAUCCCUGCCUCCGUCAGCAGCCGUGGCAAGGGUGGCGGGCCUGAAAGGCAGCGAGCCGAAUUCUGCCACUGCCUCGGAGAAGGCCGUGACCAGUGCAUCCAUUCGAGGCCCGGAAGACUUUGAUUCAUUUGUGCAGGGCGGCGAGACGCUGAAGUACACCCUGACGCCAGUGCACGUUCGGGAUGGAUCGAUGGAUAGUUCUGUCCGUUACGCUAGAUCGUCUCCGUCUCCUGUUGAGAUGGAUGCGACUCCAGUCACGCCAAAGCAAGCGCCGUUGUCACCUUCUACCCGAGCAGGAAGGAGCAGUACUCCGAGAAGCGUGGCUGGAGCGACCGAUCGCAAGUCCUCGAACGAAACCCGCCGGUCCCACAGCCGACCGACGCCACGAAACACGAGCAGUCAUCGCAACAGCGGCUUGCUGGCUCGUGAGGCCCGAGUGGUCACGGAAUCGACUCGAGACUUUGCGGACUUCAUUCGCUCUACCGCGCCGGACAAAGAGAUUUCUGCGCGUCCGAUCUUGCCGAAUGCGUCCACAGCAUCCUUACAUUCUUUGCGCUCCGCACACAUCCAAGGAGCAUCGAACUCGCGAUCCACCUCACCCGCCCCGAGUCGAAGCAGGAAUCUAGUCAACGGGAACGACACCGUACCUCCGGUUCCCCCAAUCCCAGCGCAGCAGCGAGCAAAGUCCAACAUGGAACCGCGUGGCGCCAAAAUCGCAAACAAUGCGAACUCGGACCUAGUUGACUUCAUUCGCUCCGGACCAAAUGAAAAUGGCCAACGACGCGUCUCUCGCACCAUGGCGCCUUCUCGAGCGACCUUGGAUUCGGUCCGUUCGGACUAUGCUGCUAGACCCAGCGCAGAGAGGCAGAUGGACUCGAGUUAUCAGACCGCAUCGUCCAUCCAAACAGCAUCGCUAAGAACAUCAACCAACUCGCGCUCCGCGUUGUUGAAUGGUGUCAAUCAAGGCUCGAAUGGCUACUCCAAUGGAGUUGGACAAGCCAUAUCGACCGAGGCGAAAGUGUCUGCCGAGGAGGCGAACAUCUCGCGCAAGAGAUACCGCAACAAGGACCCGUACGCCAUUGACUACGACGACGAUGAAGAUGAGGACGAGGACGAGGAUGACGAUGAAGCGCUCCUAUCGUAUGGAAUGCCAAAGAAGCCCGCGCAGAGAAGCGAGAGCAUGAUGGACUUCUUACGCAACCAGGAGCCUCCUUCGAGCGGGCCGGUGAAGCCGCUCAUCGACCCGAACAGCCCUACGGCACGCCGACUGAUCAAUGAUGCCCGGGCCAAGCAGCAAGGCUAUGUCGCGGAUACACGCACGCGCUCAAUGCCGGCCAACGGCGGCCCCCGCGCCGCCACAGCCGGACUUGCGCCGGGCAGCCAGCAGGCCCAAAUCACCUCCAAAGCCGUAGCCAACAAGUCGAAGCCGGAAGCCAAGAGCUCGGGCUCGAAAAAUCGAUAUGGCAGUACGUCCUUGCUGCACACCAAUAAUCUGUCGGACUUUAUUCGCAACACCGGCCCGCCGGAUGAUCCCAACAGUGCGCCGGCGCCGACGGUCGGGAGGGAGUUCAAGGCGCCGGCGAGCAAGAGCGAGAAGACGAAGAAGAAGACGACGCUGGGCGGGAUCUUCACGCGGCGCAAGAACACUACUUACCUGGACAUGCCCUAGUUGGCUGGUCCAAUUCACCCUCGGGCCAUGUCUGUGGAGGAUUAAAAGCGUUGACGAUUGCAUGAAACGGAGUAGGAGGAGGUGCGAUACCCUUUUGGACGAAUUGUCUGGGCUUUUGGAGUAGAGCGGUAGCGACGGUGCUUGGACGGUGAGCUGGGUAAUCUCGUACGCUAGACUUGCUUAUGUUGAGCGU